AGGGGGGCGGGUCAGGAAGUGGGGGCGCGGCGGCGCGAGCGGGCCCGGGGCGGCCUAGGAGGGCCGGGGCGACGCGGCGGGGACGGAGUCGCCGGGCCGCGCGAGCCGCUCGAGGACCCCGCACGGCUCCUCAGCCGCGUUCCCUCGGCCUCCGCCGGCAGCAUGGCGGAGGAGGAAGGACCAACUGUGGAACUGCGCCACAGAAAAAAGCCAAAGUCUUCAGAAACUAAGGAUCCUGCCAAAGAAAACAAAGUUAACGACCCUGCAAGUCCUGAAAGAGCUCCAAGAUAUGUGUUAUUUCAGCGCUUUGCAAAGAUAUUCAUUGGCUGUCUGGCAGCAGUUACUAGUGGCAUGAUGUAUGCUCUCUACUUAUCAGCAUACCACGAAAGGAAAUUUUGGUUUUCCAACAGGCAGGAACUUGAGCGGGAAAUCACUUUUCAAGGUGACAGUGCCAUUUAUUACUCUUAUUAUAAAGACAUGCUAAAGGCACCUUCAUUUGAAAGAGGUGUUUACGAAUUGACACACAAUAACAAAACUGUAUCCCUGAAAACUAUAAAUGCAGUGCAACAAAUGUCUCUAUAUCCAGAACUUAUUGCCAGCGUUUUAUAUCAAGCAACUGGUAGCAAUGAGAUUAUUGAACCUGUGUAUUUCUAUAUUGGCAUUGUCUUUGGAUUGCAAGGAAUUUAUGUUACUGCUUUAUUUGUUACAAGUUGGCUUAUGAGUGGAACAUGGCUAGCAGGAAUGCUUACUGUUGCAUGGUUCAUUAUUAAUAGGGUAGAUACAACAAGAAUUGAAUACUCCAUUCCUUUAAGAGAAAACUGGGCACUACCCUAUUUUGCAUGCCAAGUCGCUGCACUUACAGGCUACUUAAAAAGCAACUUAAAUACAUAUGCAGAGAGGUUUUGCUAUUUGUUGAUGAGUGCCUCAACUUACACAUUUAUGAUGAUGUGGGAAUACAGCCACUACCUCCUGUUUCUUCAAGCAAUAGCUUUGUUCCUGCUUGAUGUCUUUUCGCUGGAGCAAAGUGAUAAGGUUCAUGAAGUUUAUAAAAUCUAUAUAUUUUCUCUCUUUCUGGGAUAUUUACUGCAGUUUGAGAAUCCAGCUUUGUUAGUGUCUCCUCUGUUAAGUAUAGUAACAGCCUUAAUGCUCACCAAGUGCCUUCAGUUGAAUAUGAAGAAAGGAACUUUCGUAGCUAAAGUAAUGAAAGUGAUUCAUUUUUACGUGGUGUGUAUUCUGACAGUGGCUAUGAAUAUUAUAAUGAAGAUGUUUGUCCCACACAAAGAAAAUGGGCAUAUGAUGAAAUUCCUUGAAGUAAAAUUUGGACUAAAUAUGACUAAGAAUUUUACCAUGAACUGGCUUCUUUGUCAAGAAUCGCUGCAGACACCAUCUCAGGAUUUUUUUUUGCGACUGACACAGUCUUCUUUAUUACCUUUCUAUAUUUUAGUGUUAACUAUUUGUCUUCUUUCUGUGAUACAAGUUAUUUUUAGGAGAAUUAAUGGUAGGAGUAUGAGAGAAAGUGUUUCUCUUGAAGAUGGACGAAUUGGAGAAAGGCCAGAAGUAAUGUACCACAUAAUUCACACUGUUUUAUUGGGUUCACUUGCAAUGGUUAUAGAAGGUCUGAAAUACAUCUGGACGCCUUAUGUGUGCAUGCUAGCAGCAUUUGGUGUGUGCUCUCCUGAGCUUUGGAUGACACUUUUCAAGUGGCUACGACUAAGGACUGUACACCCAAUAUUAUUGGCGCUUAUUCUGAGCAUGGCUGUGCCCACUAUAAUAGGUCUCAGUUUAUGGAAAGAGUUCUUCCCAAGACUAAUGACAGAAUUAACAGAACUGCAGGAGUUCUAUGACCCAGAUACAGUGGAACUCAUGACCUGGAUAAAAAGGCAAGCUCCACUGACUGCUGUGUUUGCAGGGAGUCCACAGCUGAUGGGUGCAAUUAAAUUAUGCACUGGAUGGAUGGUGACAAGCUUGCCUCUCUACAACGACGAUGAUCUUCUCAAGAGAAAUGAAAAUAUCUAUCAAAUCUAUUCAAAGCGGUCUGCUGAGGAUGUUUAUAAAAUACUGACAUCCUACCAGGCUAAUUACCUCAUUGUAGAGGAUGCCAUCUGCAAUGAGGUGGGAACCACAAGAGGCUGUAGGGUUAAAGACUUGCUGGAUGUUGCAAAUGGCCAUGUGGUUUGUGAAGAAGGUGACAAGCUAACCUAUUCGAAAUAUGGACGAUUUUGUCACGAGGUCAAAAUUAACUAUUCUCCAUAUGUGAAUUAUUUCACUAGAGUGUACUGGAACAGAUCCUACUUUGUGUAUAAAAUCAACACUGUGAUAUCCUUCCAGUCUUGAAAAAUAACAGGGCCUUCACUUUGAAGACUUGUGCCACGUGAAAUAAAGUGAUUUUCUUCUGUCUGCGUGGGGUCUGUUGCAGAUUGCAGUAUGGACAUCUGAAACACUGCUGCUUUUCUCCCCGCCUGCUCUUAACUGGAGCCAGAGUCCUGUGGGAACCAGCUCAAGUGUUACUGUCCUUCGGUAAAACAUCACAUCUAGUGCUCUGCAAUUUCCAGAGAAACAUCUUUCUCACUAUUACAAGGUGUUUAAAGAUUUUACGUAUUACAGCAGUUUCCACAUAAAUCUUCCUUUUACCAUGACAUAGAUCUGGAUUUUGAAUUUUUUUCAAGAUCAGGGUUAUCUCCUUGAU